UCCCGACCCGAACGCGGCCGCCCCGAGAGGCGGGCAGCGGGCGCGCGGGAGCCGCAGAGGGCGGGCGGCGGCGAGCAUGGAGCGCGAGCUGGAGGCGCUGGCGGCGCGGCCCGCGCGCCCGGCCGAGACGCCCUUCCAGGCGCUGGUGGAGGCGGCGGGCGGCCGCGGGCAGGUGCUGCUCGUGGGCGAGCUGUGGGAGCGCGAGCAGAGCCGCGCACUGCUGCGGGACUUCGCUCGGGCCGUGUUCCCACCUGAGCCGGCGGCGGCCAAGCCGGGCGGAGCGGCGACCGAGAGCGCGGGCCCCGGGGCGGCGCGCGGGGCGCAGAGGGCGCCGGGGGCUGCGGCGCGCGCCAUCCGCUCACCGCUUGUCUUCGUGCUGUGCCGCGAGUCGUCGCUGGCUGCCCGGGAGCCGCGGCGCCGCCUGCGGGAGAUGCUGCGGGACGUGCGCGGCAGGCGGCGAGCCGGCGCGGCACUGGUCGGGGUGCUGGUGGCGGAGGCCGGGCCGGAGGACGCGGUGACGCUGGGGCUGCGGCUGCUGGAGGCUCUGCUACAUACCGUGUUCGGCCGCCAGCCAGGCGGCCCGGUGCAGGCGGCCGCCUACUGUCCCGGCUGCCCGGCCUCUAGUCUGGCCGUCCAGGCGGCCGCCUGCAGGGCCCUGCAAGCCGCCGGGCCCGGGCGACCAGCAGAAGGACCGGGCCUUCCCAGACUGUUGGCCUGCUUUUCCUGGGGUCCCUGGAGCUGGAGGAAGGACCGGGAUGUUUCUGCUUCCAUCAGCCCAGCUCGGGAUAAUUCCCAGGAGCCUGAAGAGGAGCUCGCGCUAACAGCCAUGUUUCCCAAUGGAGACUGUGAGGACCCUGGAAGGGGGUCAAAAGCCCAGGAUGGAGUCGUCUACACUCCUGCUGAACCUGCUGGAGACUCGAGAUGAAUGAAGACUGGACCUUUGGGCUGUCCCUGGUUCUAACCUACACCUACAGAGCUGUCUCUGGCUCUUUCUCUCUGAUCCUCCACGUCUCCACGUUGGCUUUAGCCCGUGGUAUCUACAACAACCCCACCUGCUUGGGGGAUGGACCAUUCAGAGUUACCAGCUAGACAGAGGGACUUAUUAAGACAAGCUGGACCCAGAAAAAUGUAUCCCCUGGGAACCUACUCCCCACUUAGCAUGUGUUAACUUUUUGAUCGCAGGGAGGUUAUUUUGUCUCUCUGGGCCUCGCUUUCUCUGAGCCAUUGAGACAGAUGACUUUCUGCUUUGAGGCUGUGCAGUGCUGUGGGACCCCGUGGUGUUUUCGCUGUGCUCUGGGCCCGUACAGGAGCAUCCAUUGCUUAGAGUACAGCUGGAAAGAACUGUGGACCAGAAGUCAUCAGAUCUGAGGCAUAGCCUUGGACAUGUCAUUCAUUCUCUGGGGCUUCCGUUUCCCAAAUGCAUGAAGGGGCUACCAGUCCAGAGGCCUUCAACUGGACACAGGCUGCCCCUCCAAGCAACACUGGAAUGUGUGUGUUGGGGGAAGUCACUGUGACUGUGGGGUACCCCCAGCAUUUUGUGGGUAUUCCACAAAGUGCAGGACAGCCUCCAACAGCAUAGACUUAGUCUACUCAAAAUGCCAAUUAUGACACCUUUGAGGAAACUCUGCAUGAGCCAACUUUUCCUCCCUAUCAACGAGCACCCCAGAGCAGAGAGGGUCAGGUUUUCAGGGACUGGGCUCCCAGAACAAGCCAGAAUAAAGAAAGACCACACUGUAGCCUUGGGGAUCCCCUGAGCCAGGGCCGAGACAGUCAGUGUGGUGUAGGGCCAGGACAGAAAUAGCUGUGCACACCUGUGAAAAGAAAGCCUUUUUCGGGCAGCGCCUGUGGCUCACUCCGUAAGGCGCCGGCCCCAUAUACCAAGGGUGGCAGGUUCAAACCCGGCCUCGGCUGAACUGCAACCAAAAAAUAGCUGGGCGUUGUGGCGGGAGCCUGUAGUCCCAGCUACUCGGGAGGCUGAGGCAAGAGAAUCGCUUAAGCCCAGGAGUUGGAGGUUGCUGUGAGCUGUGUGAGGCCACGGCACUCUACUGAGGGCCAUAAAGUGAGACUCUGUCUCUACAAAAAAAAAAAAAAGAAAGCCUUUUUCUUUCUCAUGCUGACCUUGACUUUCUAUGCCAAGUCCUUUGAGGAUGAGAAUAUUGGGCAGUGUCCAUGGCACAAAAAAGAAGGAAAGGUAGGAGUGCAAGAUGCGUGAGCAUAGGACUUGCUCUAGAUCACAGUCCUAGGCCAAGAUCAAAGUAGACAAAGCUCAGAAGUUCCUGAAUCUUACGUGUCUGAGCCUAAGAGGUGGGAGGGCUGUCUGUCCACUCGUAGCAGAAGCUCUGCAUCACCUUGGUUUUUCUUGCCUGCCCCUGGAGAAAUAUAGAAUCUUUGGAAUGGCAAGUGCAACUCCUGAUCUUCCUAGUGGGAAGCACUGUCCAAGGGAAGUGGCCGCAUACAUUCACUCACUUGUGCGUGAUUCGCUCUGCAACACACUGUUUGCUGCGUGUCCUGUGAAGUGCUGCAUAACUGGCCAUUUCAGCUCUUCCCUGUGGUAGUGCCAAACUGUGCGACAUGAACAUGCUUUUGGUUGAGGGUCUCUAUGAUAUUAAAGAGGGGCCCUCCUUGCACUGUGCCUCAGUUUUUUCUUCAUAAUAAUGAGCCUCAUUCUAUCCCUGCCUCAUGGAGAGAGUGUGAGGACAAGCAGGAUGACAUCUUUACAUUUGAGGUUGUUUGUCAGGAGCCUUUUUUUUUUUUUGCAGUGUUCGGCUGGGGCUGGGUUUGAACCCGCCACCUCCGGCAUAUGGGGCCAGCGCUCUAUUCCUUUGAGCCACAGGUGCUGCCCCAGGAGCCUUCAUUUUAAUAAUGCAGGGCUGCCAGGUGUGGUGGCAUGCGGGAGGCUGAGACAGAAGGACUUAAACACAGGAGUUCAAGGUUACUGUGAGCUAUGAUUGCACCUGUGAAUGGGUAUAGCACACCGGCUAGUCAAGACCCCAUCUCAAAAUUUAAAAAAGUAAUAAUGUAAUGCAGGGGUGUCUCACCAAUAGAUUGACCCAGCUGGCCUCCUUCUGUGCAACAAUGAACUCAAUGAAUUUUGACUCAUUGAUUUUAAUUGAUUUUGUUUUGAAAUGAGGAGACAUGUAUUUUUGAAGCUGCUAUAUUUUUCUAUUUCUCUAUUUCUUUGUAAUAAUUGGGUUGAAGUUUUAUGAUUUGGUGCUGGGAGGGAGGUUUUUUUUUUUUUUUUUUUGCAGUUUCCGGCUGGGGCUGGGUUUGAACUCGCCUCCGGCAUAUGGGGCCGGCGCCCUACCCCUUUGAGCCACAGGCACCGCCCGAGGGAGGUUUUUUUAAUUUAGAAAUUUGUCUAAGGCAGAAGUUAUGAGAUUCCAAAAUCUUUCAUUUGUUGCCAAUGUUUGGAACUUGGGAGGUUGCACAUAAAAAUUAAUAAUCAAGUUUUCUGGGUGGAGGGUGGGGCAUGUUUCCAGUUUGCUGCAUUUCCCCACCCCCUUCUACCUCUGGUCCCUCACUCCCUGCCCACCCCCUUCUACCUCUGGUCCCUCACUCCCUGCCCACCC